AUGAUUUCAUCGAUAUGUAAUAGAAUGAUAUGGGCUGCAUGCAACACUAAUAGGACAGUAAUGGGACAUCCGGAAUUCUGCUUGCUAUUUCCAUCGAUCUAUAACUCACAACAAUGUCGAGGACGUAAGCGUAAUCUGAAACGUGCACUUACCAAGCAGGAACGCCAGGAAAGGCGGUUGAAACGUGAAGCAAAAGAAGCUGAACGGAAAAAAUAUACCUUUAUGCAAAGGAUCCAAAUCUCACGAAUGAAACACAUGGUUUCAAUUUCUGAGCAAUUUCCUGGUCGCUUCAAUCCAGCUAAAGAAGCACAUUUGCCGGAUAAACCGACCACAAAUAUUUUCAUACGAAGUGCCUACAAAACUCAAUAUUAUUCAGUUUCGGAAGCACUGCAAAUGCACAGGGAAAUGCAGCAACCGUCCAUUUACAACAAUCCGAAUGCGCGUAUACGUCUGCGUAUGGAACUUAAUAUGACAACAGAAAAAAAGACCAAAAUGGUAGUUGAUUCUGAAGAGUUGGUACCAAUCCCUCAUCCAUUCAAGCAUAACGAGAAAAGGACAAUAUUGGCAUUUGCGUAUGAGCAGCAUAAUCGAGACGCGGCCAUUGAGGCUGGUGCCGAAAUCGCACUCGGUCCUGAUAUGAUUAAAAAGAUAAUUAAAGGGAUGUUUCGAAUUGAUGACUAUGACUUUUGCGUUGCACACGUUGACAUGGCUUCCAGUAUUCUUCCCUUACGAGGAAUUUUAAGAUCACGUUUUCCAAAUAAAAUCAAUGGUGGUCUUGGUGAUAACUUCCAAGAAAUCAUCAGCAAAUUUAAGAAUGGUGUAAAAUUAACGAUUCGAGGUGAUCCAAUCAUGCCUAUUUGGGGUCUUUGUGAUACUGUCAUAGGACGAUUAACAAUGGAUGAUGAAGAACUGGAAGCAAAUAUUGCAGCCGUUAUUGGAGCUUUAUGUAAACAUCGAAACCCUGCUUUAGGACCAUUCAUUAACCGCGCAUUACUUAUGGUUAUACCUGGUGAUGCUCACUUUGCACUCAAUAUUAGUCCAUUUUUGCCGAUCCCAACAGAACAAGAAAUCGAGAAAAUUGAAAAACGAAUGAAGAAGAAGAAAGAAUCAGUAUCUGCGAAGGCCGAAAGUCCCGAGGUUUCUUCAUCUACGGUUACUGCUUAA